AUGUUCCGAACGGGCCUGCGCCGGCUCGCUUCGGCGACGCCUGCUCGCAAAGCCCUGAGGCCAGCUUACUUCUCGGUCUCUGCCGCUUCGUCGUACGCCACGCCGGCCGCCGCCGCCAACACGCCCACGCCACACACCCUCGCCGUCUCCAGUGCCCAGGGCGUCGUUGACGGCUUUGUCGGCGCCAUUGGUAACACGCCGCUCGUGCGCCUCAAGAAGCUGUCCGAAGAGACCGGCUGCGAAGUUCUCGGCAAGGCCGAGUUUGCCAAUCCCGGCGGCUCUGUCAAGGACCGCGCCGCGCUCUACGUCGUGCUCGACGCCGAGGAGCGCGGCCUGCUGAAGCCGGGCGGCACCGUCAUCGAGGGCACGGCGGGCAACACCGGCAUUGGCCUGGCGCACGUGUGCGCCGCGCGCGGCUACAAGCUCGUCAUCUACAUGCCCAACACCCAGUCCCAGGGCAAGAUUGACCUGCUGCGGCUCCUGGGCGCGGAGGUGCACCCGGUCCCCGCCGUCGCGUUCGACAACCCGGAGAACUACAACCACCAGGCGGCACGGCACGCGGCGCGUCUCGAGAAUGCGGUGUGGACCAACCAGUUCGACAACACGGCCAACCGGCGCGCGCACAUUGAGACGACGGGACCGGAGAUCUGGCGCCAGACGGACGGCAAGGUCGAUGCGUUCACGUGUGCCACGGGCACGGGCGGCACGCUGGCCGGCACGACGCGGUACCUCAAGGACGUGUCGGGCGGCAAAGUCAAGAGCUUCCUGGCCGACCCGCCGGGCAGCGUGCUGCACUCCUACAUCAGCAGCGGCGGCACGUUGGUGGAGCGGUCGGGCUCGUCCAUUACCGAGGGCAUUGGCCAGGGCCGCGUGACGGACAACCUACAGCCGGACAUUGACCUGCUCGACGGAUCGCUGACGAUUGCCGACGAGAAGAGCAUUGCCAUGGUGUACCGGUGUCUCGCGGAGGAGGGCCUGUACCUGGGCGCAAGCUCGGCGCUCAACGUGGUGGCGGCCAAGGAGGUGGCCGAGAAGCUCGGCCGGGGCCACACGGUCGUGACGAUCCUCGCGGACGGCGCCUACCGCUAUGCGGACCGGCUGUUCUCGCGCAAGUGGCUGACGGAGAAGAAGCUGAUUGACGCGAUCCCCAAGGCGCUGCAGCACCACAUUGUCCUUCCAUAG